CAACAUGCAAAGUUAUCCAUAGAUAACUACAACACUGAGAUUCGGCUAUGGAAGCCUGCUAACCGUUUCUGAUAUUUCGAAUAUGUUCUUACCAUGGUUUUAGACUCAAAUUCCUGACUGGAAACUUCUUCGCCGUUAUAUAUAUAUAUAUAUUUUUCACUUUAUUAUCGGGAUUAAUCUGGUAUUCACAAGCUGCAAGAAACAGUUGCAGUCUCGAAGUAAAUUGCCUCGGCGGCUAGAAGGACUUUUACUAAAGCAGCACGAUGCCCGCUUAUCUCUCAGAUACGCUUCUGCGAUUGAGGCGUGAUGCAGCAGCUAAAGAUAGUGCAGAUGAGGUGACCACAGUGGCUGAUGACAAUGGAGCGUCCGGUGUGGAGACUUCUACGAAACCAACUAAACAAAAUGGUAUUGACAAAAUUAUGGACGAAGCAUUACAUGAAUUAGAAAAACUACCAAUAUGGGCUAUCAUACUAAUUUGUGCGGGAGUUUUGCUUUUCUUGGUGUGUGCAGCUUAUUGUUGCUGCAAACGUAUUUGCCGCAGGAGAAAGAAGAAAGAUGGCAAAAAGGGGCUAAAAGGAGCAUGCUUGAAUCAAGUUUUCUUAUGCACAUUACAACAUUAUAAUCAUAGAUAUUAUAUGCACAUUACUACAUCUUGUCUAUGUGUGGUACCUUUACCGUUCCCAACAUCUUGGAUCCUACUCCUCCUCCGCUAUGUCUGUUCGACACGUAAACCCAGACUGCAUGCUUUGUCUGCAUUGCAUCUUGUUAUUUCAUCUAACACCAGUUUUUGUUCUUCUUCCAUCUGGCUGACACAUUACUUGUCCUUUGGAACUGCAAUUAUUGUUGAUUUUGCCAAGGUGCAGCCGGACUUAGAGGAGCUGCCAAUGAAUAUGGAAGAGAAUGAAGAUGCUGAAAGUACAAAAUCUGAAGUUAAAUUAGGAAAACUCCAAUAUUCAAUGGACUACGAUUUUCAGAAAGGCGAGCUAACAGUAAAUGUAAUACAGGCUGCCGACCUACCUGGGAUGGAUAUGUCUGGGACGUCUGACCCAUACGUCAAAGUCUAUCUAAUGCCCGACAAAAAGAAGAAAUUUGAAACAAAAGUCCAUCGGAAAACACUGAAUCCAGUAUUUAAUGAAUCCUUCACAUUUAAGAACGUACCUUAUGCUGACAUUACGGGUAAGACGCUAAUAUUUGCGAUCUAUGAUUUUGAUCGCUUUUCAAAGCAUGACCAAAUUGGUCAAGUCCAAGUUCCAAUGAAUUCUAUAGAUCUUGGAUCAGUAAUUGAAGAAUGGAGGGAUCUCACCAGUCCUGAUAAUGAUGCUGAGAAAGAAAACAAGCUUGGUGAUAUAUGUUUCUCAUUGCGCUAUGUCCCCACUGCUGGCAAAUUAACUGUGGUCAUCCUGGAAGCCAAAAACCUCAAGAAGAUGGAUGUUGGAGGGUUAUCAGAUCCUUAUGUUAAGAUAUCUCUGAUGCUAAACGGUAAAAGAAUUAAGAAGAAGAAAACCACUAUCAAGAAAUGUACACUGAAUCCAUACUACAAUGAAUCAUUUGCGUUCGAAGUCCCCUUUGAACAAAUACAGAAAGUGUCCCUUUACAUCACAGUCGUUGAUUACGAUCGUAUUGGGACUUCCGAACCUAUUGGGCGAACCUUCCUUGGCUGCAACUCCACUGGUACUGAAUUGCGUCAUUGGAGUGACAUGUUGGCUAAUCCUCGCCGACCAAUUGCGCAAUGGCAUACUCUUCAAGAAGUGCCCGAGAAGAAUUAGGUCGCCCAAUACCACGGACUCCGCAACAUUUCUUCGAUUUCCCUCAGUUUUAGCUGUACAGUUUCUCCUAACCCUCUCUAUUUCAGCUUAUUUUUUUACAGCAUAUUUAAAAUAUUAUCCUUACAUUUUUUUAGAAGAAAUAUACAAAUAAUUGAAUAGGUUUAAGUUUAUUUCAUAGUGUCUUAUGAUGUAUAAUAGAUAUCAUGAUAUAUCUUAGAGUCUUAUGAUAUGUAAUACAAAGUUAGGACAUAUAAUAGUCUUUUGAUAAUAUAAUCCAGUGUUUUUAAUUAUUCAUAUACAUGUAUAUACGUAUAUAUAUAUAUGAAUAUUUAUAUAUAUACUUAUGUAUAUAUAUAUAUAUAUAAAGAUAUAUGUAUAUAUAUAUGUGUGCGUACAUACAUAUAUGUAUAUGUAUAUUAAUGCAUAUAAUAUAUAUAUGUUUGUAUGUAUGUAUGUACGUAUGUAUAUAUAUUUAUAAAUAUAAUCCGGCAAUAAAAAGUCACUUUCAGAAUAUAUUAAUAGUAUUAAAAGGGUAGCUUAUUAAAAACAGGUGAUAAACUAAAUAUACAACAAGCCUAGAAUAUUUCCGAAAGCAGUAAAAAGUCAGGUGUAAUUAAAAAUAACUUUUGAAAUAUUUAGUUUUUAAUUAGUCAUAGUAUUUAGUGAUUAUUUAAUUAGGAAGGUGAUAACUAUUAGCUAAUUAUUUUUCAUCUGAGUUUAGGUGUUUAGGAUAGAAUUGAAAAUUAAAAUAAUGAAAAAUAUGGGUUUGAAAUAAAGAUUUUUUUUUUUUAAAGCUGAAGGUUUAAAACUGACGGUUUAAAUCAUAGGAGUCGAUAAGAGUAAAAUUAAAUAAAUAAAUAAAUAAAUAAAACCAUCAGAAAAAUCAUGGUUUGUCCCAAACUGGGAAUUUCAACAGAAUUGUCUCGCUAAUUUCCUUUGUAAAAUAUGAAGUACAUGAAAAAAAAAAUUAAAUUAAAGAAUUCACUUAAAUUUUUGUUGAUUUGUAUGUCCUGAAGUACAGCAGUUCACUAGGCUGCAACUCCUGUAUAAACACCUGCCUAAGCUGUCUAUUUGUUUAUACGCCAUAACACAAAAACUGUUUUAUGUAUGUGAUACAUUAUAGAAGAGCAACGAUGUGUGUUACAUAUUGUUUAACAUCCAUAAGAAACCUGUGGUAUGACAAAAGAUCUCAUUUAGUUAUUCAUAGUUGUUCUAGGUAUACAAGUAUGGCAUUAGCAAAAAUCUUAUUAAAAUAAAUAAAUAAAUUAAAAAAAAACAACAAAAAAAUACCCCAAAAUGUGAAAAAGUUUGAUAUGAAAUUAACUGUCUUAUGAUUAAUGAAAUCUGUUAAUAAAUUCUCACAUAUUCCCUUGACAUAUGGUGUAAGAUGUUUAAAAAAAUAACUUAUGAAUUUUUCUUUACAACAAAAUUUUAUACCUUUGACAAGGGUGUUGUGUAUGCAUCAAUGACUAAAAAUUUGUAUGUGCCACAUCUUAUAUAAGCUACAUGAGAAUAUUUCAAAUGACAGCAUGCAAAAACUAUAACUCAUACAAGUUGUGUGCGCUGAUAAAAGGAUACAAUCAGUGAAAAGUUUAAAGCAAAAAAUGAAAAAUAAAAUAAACUAAAAAUAAAUAUAAAUUAUCUAAAAUAUACAUAUCAAACUUUUACAGAGUUUAUCGAUAAUAAUGAUAAUAAUAAUGCUAAAUAAUUAUAUAAAUAAUAAGGACAAGAUAAAUCAUAAUACAAAUUCACAAAAAUAUAUUUAUUUCAUUAAAAAUUACUAAAGGAAUUAAGAUAAAAAUAAA